AUGUCUCGUUACGCUGAAGCCCUUAUCAACACCCGGGGUCCUGGUGACGCAAGACCUACAGCACUCCAGAUCGUAAAAGAUGAAGGCAUUCUCAACAAACUUACCGACAAAAUCGUCCUCAUCACAGGCGGUAAUCAAGGUAUUGGCCUCGAGACUGCCCGGGCCCUCCACGCAACCGGAGCAACGGUCUACAUCACUGCAAGAUCUCCAGGGAAGAUCAAGCAGGGCAUCCAAGAUAUAGUCUCACGGCCAGAAGCACAGUCGGAGGCACCUGUUCACGGGAUUGAACUGAGGCUUGACUCGUUCAAAUCCGUACGAGCCGCUGCCAAAGACUUCCUUUCGAAGGUUGAUAAGCUCAACAUUCUCAUACUCAAUGCGGGAGUCAUGGCUACUCCUGAGGGUAAGACAGGAGAUGGUUUCGAGACCCAGUUUGGCACAAACCAUCUUGGACACUUUCUUCUAUUCCAACUUCUCAAGCCAGCGCUUCUGGCCGCUACCACGCCUUCUUUCCACUCUCGUGUUAUCUCGCUUGCAUCAAAGGGUCACCGCGCUGGUGGUAUACGCUGGGAUGACUACAACUUCGGGAAGGAGGCUUAUAAUCCCUGGCUCGCAUAUGCUCAAUCUAAAACAGCCAACAUCUACUUCGCAGCCGAGCUUGAACGGCGCUAUGCAGAUCAAGGCAUUCAUGGCUUGUCAGUGCAUCCCGGGUAUAUACUUACCAACUUGGGUAAGUAUGUUGACCUGAGCACGAUUGACUUGGAUGGUCCUAUCAAGAAUGCUUUGAGGAACAAAGCUCAAGGUGCUGCUACGACUGUUUAUGCAGCAGUUAGUAAGGACUGGGAGGGUCGUGGUGGGAAGUAUCUGGCUGAUUUUGUGGAAGAGAGGCUGGUGAGGCCGGGGGUCGAGCCAACAUCGCCUGAAUUGGGACAUGCUGCAUGGAUUUAUGAUGAGGAAGCCGAACGAAAGCUCUGGGUCAUGUCGGAGAAGCUUGUUGGAUUGGAUACUUCCCAGGAGUAA